AUGCCACUGUUGAGGAAAGAACCUUUCAUAAAAAAUUCUGUUCCUCAAGGUUUGAAACCAGACGACGAAGUCUUCCAUUGCCCUAUUACUGAUGAAAUAUUCACAGAUUAUGAGAAGUUUUUCGAGCGAAUAAUAUUAUGCAACAGCUUGGUCUGGGCAUGCUCUGUGACAGGUCGAUCGGGACUAACAUACCAAGAAGCAGCAGCAUCUGAGAACCACAUCAAGGAACAAUUGCUCAUGUUCCCUGAUCCUCUCAAGAGGCCAAUCCUUUUCCUGGUGACCCUGACUCGGAGAAGAAAGAUUAAUGAUGUCCUGGACGACAUCUCCUCCUUUAUGAAAGACCGAUAUUUUGUUGGAGAGACAGUUGAAGCACUUGCUAGCACCGGAAAUGUGAAGAAAUUAUACAAAGUGAUGAAAGCUAUGAUUGUGAAGGAAAAGAAUGUUGAUAUUAAUGGGAUCAGACCAGUGCUUAGUCCAAAUAAACCAAUUUCAUCGCUGAAUCUGUCAACAUCUCCAAAUAAAUCGACAUCCCCAGACAAAUCGGCAUCUCAGAACCUAUUAACAUCUUCAAUCAAAUCAUCUACUGUUGAAACAUCAUCUUCUGGCCCAAACGUAGCUGACAUGUUUGAAUAUGCAUUGCAAGAAAUCAGCAAUCAAAUUACAUCUGUCAGGGUUCUUAAGGGCUCCAAAUUGUCUCGAAAGAAGGGAUCAUUCAAUAGAGACAAAUGCAAAAUAUUCAUCAGAGACAACUGCUACAUUGAUUCUUCUGAUUCUCUUUGGAAAGUCAAGGAAGGUGCCAUCAAGAAGUAUAGGCUGAAUUCACUUUCGUUUGAUGUCAUUUUUACCGGACCCCCUCCUAUUUUUGAGGCCUCGGAGUCAAGGAAAAAUUCCUCUAAACUGAAUGGAGAUGUGAUCGAUCUGACAAGUGACGAGGCAGGAAGUCCGAGAAAGAUAUCUGGAGCUGGUUUAAAAAAUGAAGAAUCCAAUCGCAUCAAGUGUGCCAAACUGCAAGCCAAGAAAGGCAUGUUUAAUAUUAAGUUUCCAUUAAUAUUUUGA